CGCUGUCAUAAUGUGGGCGCGGCCACACGUAGGAAAUUCGGCGCGCGAAAGCUGAAGCCGGAAGUAAGGAGCUGAGGGGAGAAGGCGUCCAAUUCUUCGAUCAAACUACUCGCAGCAUCUUUAAACAUCCUCUUUUAAUAUGGCAGACCCAAAGGACAAGGAAGAGCCCGAAACCACUGCAGAUACCGCAGAGGACUCUAAUCAUGAUCCCCAGUUCGAGCCCAUUGUGUCCCUUCCUGAGCAGGAUGUGAAAACAUUAGAAGAGGAUGAGGAGGAACUCUUUAAAAUGCGGGCUAAACUAUAUCGUUUUGCCUCUGAGAACGAGCCCGCAGAGUGGAAGGAGAGGGGAACCGGCGACGUGAAGCUGCUGAAACACAGAGAGAAGGGAACGAUCCGCCUCCUGAUGAGGAGAGAUCGAACCUUGAAGAUCUGUGCCAACCAUAACAUUACGCCGGCCAUGGACCUGAGGCCCAACGCUGGCAGUGACCGGGCGUGGGUCUGGAACACACUAGCAGAUUAUGCUGACGAAAGCCCCAAACCUGAAUACCUGGCAAUACGCUUUUUAAAUGCAGAGAAUGCUCAGAAGUUCAAGGUGAAGUUUGAGGAGUGCCAGGCGGAGGUCAGAAAAAGUCUAGCCGACACAGACGACACCGAUAGCGCGAACAAAGUGGCAGAGAAGCUGGAGGAACUCUCCGUCAAAGAAAAGGCAUCAGAAGAAAACAAGACGGAGGUCAAAAAGGAGGUGGAGGUGGUGAAGAAGGAGGAGGAGGUGAAGAAGAAGGAGGUGAAGGAGGAGGAGAAGAAUUGAGAACCAAGAACUUGCUUUGCUGAUCUUCAACUUAUCAGUCUUUCCUCUUUUUUCUACAAUAGACUCUAAAUGAACUGAAUUUGGACACUUGCAUAUUGUUAGUAUUUUUUUUUAUUAUCUGUUUUGCCUCAAAAUCACGAGUCAUCGAUGCCACUGGGGGGGGGGGGGGGGUACCAGAUAGUGAAUUUGAGAAAAAUAAAAAGCCCAUUCCUUGCACCUUGGACUGCCACGCUGUCCUUCCUCGCCAUCUACAGUUAAAUGUUACGAACUGUGAAGCGGGCUUGUGACCGUGACAUUCCUACAUUGGGGUCUUUUUUUGUUUUGUUAUUCUGAAGCAGUGGGGGAGAAGAGAAUGUAGGUCAGGGACCAGGCAUUAUAGAGGUGCAUUAUACCUGUAAAAUCCCAUAAUGCAUCAGUGAGCCAUCUUAACCCUGUCCACUGUCAAUGCGUCCACUGUGAGAGUCAGCAAGUGAGGAGGAAAGACAUCUCAGUGGACGCCUUGCAGCAGUACUUUCCGGUUCCUUCUUUCAUCAGUACUGAUCGAAGGGGAAUCCACUCCAGACAUUCGAGGGGCAUCAGAUGCAGAAUACAUUUAUUUUCUUUUUUUGUGUUAUAAUUAUCUUAAAAUGUCCAAACGGUUCAUCGUCAGAGUGGCGGCGCUCUGACUUAAGUUCUUCACCAGGAAAAUUGAGUUUCUAUUUAGAUCAUAACAUUCCCAGACUGUAAGCAUGUAGAGAAUAUGUAACCGAGUGCCCUUUCUGAUCUGUGCACACCACCGUCUCCUUUUCUUUCCACUAAUGGAGUUCAUAACCUCGCCUCUAUAAAGUGCCAGUGCAUCUGUAAAUACAUGGUUGAAAUGUUGCCUUUCAUUUGCACUCAAAUGAUUUGAAAUGUUUCCGCUACCUUCGAAUAAAAACCGUCUUAAGACCA